GCAGUGCGAUGUGCUCCCCGAAUACGGCAUCACGAUGGAGAAUAUUCAGAGGAAAAAGUGUCUGCGAUCGCCGGAGAAAUUCAUAUGUAGAAAGCUGAAAUAAACAAUCAUUCGUGAUUUACAGACGAUUUAGUUCCGCAGAUUGAAACUAUCGUGGGAGAUGGCCGCGUGGCUGGAUACUUUCGGUGUCUUACAUGAAACUUGAAUUCAUUGCUGGUUUUUCCAAACCAGUCACUGACAGGCAUCAAGUAAAAUUCGCUCUUUUAAAUUUAAGAAGCGCAAACAGGCUGGAGAAGAUUAAUAACGGGCUGCAAAGAAUGGAAAAUUCUCAUUAACACACAAAAUAAAAUAUGUGUUACUGAGUUUAUUUAACCGGUAAAUCAGUUUGUCACACACAUUUAAUACUAAAGCAAUAAAUAUUAAGUCUCCUGAUCGCAUGUGAAACGAAUGGCAACAACUACCCACCAUAAAAAGCACUGCAUUGCUUUUUAUGGUGAGUAGUUGUUGCCAUUCGUUUCGUUGCAUGCAUGGUGACUAUUUCAAAAUAAACACAAAUUCCUUUUACGAUACCCUGCCCAUUGUGUGUUUCAAGCGAGCCUUUCAUGAACAGCAAUGAAACUGGUUACAGACGACCGUUCAGACGAGGAUGAUAGUGCGUGGGAAAGAAGAGGCCGGCGAAAAUCCCAUUGGUCCCCAUUGCGCUACAAAACGAUCUCGGCUUUCUCCGACGCAAGGAUGGGCUCAGAAGGUGGAGGAACAGCCGCCAAAUAGGAGGCAUCCUCACUGCAGGAUCACCAUCCACUUUCCAUGUAUCCGCCUCAGCGGACUCCUCCCUGGACGCCGCAAGAAGUUAAUCUUACGAUCCGAAGAUGACGAUCGCUGGCCCAUCGAUGAUGGAGAAGGGUCUCUUAAAGUACUAAUUCAACGCAAUGGAACAAGGGUAUAUUUGCAGAAAAGGAGGAUAUGAAAGCCACUUUGAGAUUGUCAUAGCGCUGGCACUACUAUUUUUUUGCUUUAAAUAACAGCAACAGACCUAAGAUUACUUAAGUGUUAAAAAAAAGAAAUACCAUUAGAGUCGAGGACAUCUGCUGAUAUUUACGAUCGCUUACUGGAUUCCAAUUUAAUUACAAUUUCCCCGUAUUUGAACUGACCGCCAAAGGCUAUAAAAACAUGUUAACGGGAUAAUAAAGUUUUAUCCUCCUUACUUCUGGUGUUACAGCACAGGAAAAUGCGAAAAUUUACAAUUCCUGAAGAUAUUUUCCCAAGAAUCUGCAUCCGUCCGACAGGUCCUGGAAAGGUUUAUAACUUUUACACAUGGAUUCCCAGAGCUCUUCACAGGAAAACGGGGGUCGCACUUCUUCUGCGACCUAACCGACUUCUUAAAUCUGUCUUUUAUCUUCUCGUCUAAUUCAUGCAUAUUUACUUUUGGAGAAAAAAAAUGGAAUUACAAGAAAAGUAAAUCAAAGAAAUAAAACUGGCGAUUCACUUUCAUCGUGAUAUAUAAAUAUUCUUAUGGACACCGAGCUAGAGGAAUCUCAUUUGCUCUUAUGGGAAUUAAGCACUCUUCGCGUUGCUUGCUCCUUAGGAGAAAAAUGGCGGAGUCCGAGAGCACGGAGGUAGCCCCCGGUCAGCCAUGCCCCACCGUCAUCCCAGUCCUCUCAGCCUUCUACAAUGUCCAAGCCAAUGCUGCCUGUCCACCACCUGACCCACCCACCACACACGCUCCACGCCACAUCUUUGCCCAGCUGCCCGGGCCGGGGCAAGAUGACGAAGUCCAUCAACCCCGAGGAGAUGACGUCGCGAGACUACUACUUCGACUCCUACGCCCACUUUGGCAUCCAUGAGGAGAUGCUGAAGGACGAGGUGCGAACGCUGACCUACAGAAACUCCAUGUACCACAACAAGCACGUCUUUAAGGACAAAAUCGUUCUGGAUGUGGGCAGCGGGACGGGGAUCCUAUCCAUGUUUGCGGCCAAAGCAGGAGCCAGGCAUGUAUACGGGAUUGAAUGUUCAAGCAUAUCAGAAUACUCAGAGAAAAUCAUCAAAUCCAACCACCUGGACAAUGUCAUCACCAUCUUCAAGGGCAAGGUGGAGGAGGUGGAGUUACCCGUGGAGAAGGUGGACAUCAUCAUCUCUGAGUGGAUGGGAUACUGCCUCUUUUAUGAGUCCAUGCUCAACACUGUCAUCUUCGCCAGGGACAAAUGGCUGAAACCAGGCGGGCUUAUAUUUCCAGACCGUGCUUCUCUCUAUGUGGUGGCCAUUGAGGACCGACAGUACAAGGACUUCAAGAUCCACUGGUGGGAGAAUGUGUAUGGCUUUGACAUGAGCUGCAUCCGUAACAUAGCCAUAAAGGAGCCUUUAGUAGAUGUCGUGGACCCCAAACAGGUGGUGACGAAUUCCUGCCUGAUAAAAGAAGUGGACAUCUACACGGUUAAGGCUGAGGACCUGUCCUUCACCUCAGCCUUUUGCCUCCAAAUCCAGCGUAAUGAUUACAUCCAUGCCCUGGUCACCUACUUCAACAUCGAGUUCACCAAAUGUCAUAAGAAGACUGGCUUCUCCACAGCACCAGAUGCACCCUACACACACUGGAAGCAGACUGUCUUCUACCUGGAGGAGUACCUUACAGUGCGCCGUGGCGAGGAGAUCAUUGGCAGUAUUGCUGUGAAACCCAAUGAGAAGAAUGUGAGAGACCUGGACUUUACUUUUGAGCUGGACUUCAAGGGACAGCUGUGUGAGGCAGCAAUCUCCCACGACUACAAGAUGCGCUAAGUGUCUGCCAGUUAGUGGGGCAGAUUGUGCCAAUCUGGUAAAGGUCCUUGUGGGCCAAGGGGCUCUAGUACAUGAAGGAUGAGCCAGAUGGGAGGAUGGGCAUGGCCCUUACAAGGUUAUUGGCAAGGCUGGAAAUGAAAGUAGUAAUUUCACUCUUUACCCUCACAAGAGUCUUGAGAAUGAGUUUAUAUAUCUCUAUUAUUAUUAUUAUUAUUGUAACACAGUACAUUUUGAAGCCCAAGUGAUGAUCAUAGGUCUUUCUGAACAGCCAGGGGACCCCGAGGUUGUUUUCUUGUAUCUGAUUAAAUGAAUAAUUUGAAGGAAGUUGUUUAAAAGUUAUUUGUCUAACAAAUUCUAUACCUGCCUCCCUUCGCAAGUCCAAGUAUUUAAAAGACAACAGGCAGUGUAACAUUGAUCUCAGUCCAUGGCUGUUUUCUGAUAAAGCUGUGAUGAUUCACACAUUUGUGUUGAUUGCUUAGAAUAUCAUGGUAACACUUUAUUGACGGAGCGCAAAAACUUAGUAAUAACUCAAUUACUACUGAAGUACAAAUCAUGAACAAAUAUAGUUGCUACCUGAGAUAAAAAAAAGUCAUUUCGUUAAUGAUGAACAAACGAGAUUAGUAUAUCACUUGUGUUAUUCAUUACUUCAUUAGUUUUGUCAGAAGUUCAUACAGGUUUACACAAUUAACAGAUAUAGUAACAAAUAUAGUAACGGCUUGGGAUGAAAGAUGUAUCAUAAUUCAUUAAUGAUUAACAAAUAUAUGAUCAGUAUUUAACUUGUGUUAUUCAUGACUUGUUCCUUCAGUAG